AUGGCAAGUUUAACAGUUUUGUUGCGUCAUUCUGGCAAGUGGAACGAUGAGGGCAAUUACAUCGAUUUUUCAAUUGAGGGAAUACCGAUAAAGGAGUAUGCCUCCUUUAAUGAUCUGAUUGCUUCAAUUUCUAAUCAACUGGGUAUAGAUUUGAGCUCAAAGACCAUUAAAAUACAAUACAAAGUAGAAGAAAAUUGUACGCCAAUGGAAAUACACAAUGAUAUGGGUUACAGAGUGUAUGUAGAAUUGAAAAAAGAGAACAGAGAAUUUGGGAUGUAUCCUUUGUGCAUAACAACUAUUGAAAAAGAUCUUAUAUCCGGAGGAGAAGCGAUUGGAGUGUUUGAACUCCAUAAGGAUUUGAUAAUUUCAAAAACUGAUCAAAAGGAGGUUAUGACUGGACAAGUUUAUAAGGAUAAGGCUACAUUGAAAGAGGUGAUGGAGAAUUAUGCUAUAGCUCAAAGGUUUCAAUUGCGGAUUGAUAGGUCUAAUGCUGUCAGCUAUGCAUUACUAUGUAUUUCAGAAGAUUGUGAAUGGAGGUUUAAGGCUUCAAGCAUUAACAAAUCAGAACUAUUCAAAGUGAGAGAAUUCAAUGAUAACCAUACAUGUCUGCCGAAGGACAAGGUGUAUGAGCAGCGGCAGGUUAUAAACCAUAAGUGGAAAUACACUCCAAGGGAUAUUAUUGAUGAUGUGAAAUCAGAUUUAGGUGUAGAUGUUAGCUACAUGUUGGCGUGGAGGGCUAAAGAAAAGGCAAUGAAUUUUUCGAGAGGUGAACCGGCUAAUUCAUACAAAAAUUUACCAGGAUACUUAUAUACAAUGGAUAUGACAUAUCCAGGUUCCCACAUCAGAAUGGUAAAAUCGCCAAAAAAUGACUUCAUGUACGUGUAUAUAUCCUUGUAUGCCUGUAUAAGGGGGUUUGAUCAUUGUAGACCCAUUGUUGUUGUGGAUGGAAGUCACCUAAAAUCUUACUACACCGGGACAUUCGUUUCGGCAAGCACGUUGGAUGGUGCAGGUCAUAUAUUGCCACUAGCAUAUGGUGUUAUUGAUUCAGAGAACGAUGCUGCUUGGACGUGGUUCUUUGAGCAAUUCAAGAUAACAUACGGUGAAAGGGAAAACAUGUGCAUAAUUUCAAAUAGAAAUGAGAGUAUCAUUAAAUCUAACAACGUAUAUAAGAAAUUCAAAAAGAGCCAUGCCAAGUUGAGCGAGAUAUACUUCUCGAUGGCAAAAACAUACACACAAGCUGAAUUUGAUAGUCUGAUGGAGAAGGUGGAGAAGGUAGAUAUUACGGUGAAAGAAUACUUAGAGUUAGUUGGUUACGAAAAGUGGGCUAGGUUGUAUGUACCUGUUAACAGGGGAUGGAUAAUGACGUCAAACAUUGCUGAGUCAACCAAUGUCGCACUAGUUUCAGCAAGGGAAUUGCCAAUAUACAACUUCCUCGAAGAAGUUAGGAAGAUGUUUGGACGUUGGAAUUGUAGUAACCGCAAAGAAGCUACACAGACAUACACGGCGCUUAGAAAAAAAUACAAGGAGAUGCUGACUUUGAAUGAGGCAAUGUCUACACGUAUGACUGUGGUACCAUCAACUGAAUACUUACAUACGGUUAACGAUGGUGGGAGGAAUUACACAGUCUGCCUGUUAGAGAGAAAAUGUGUUUGUGGGAGGUUCCAAGUUGAUGAAUUGCCAUGCCCACAUGCUUGGGCUGUAUUGAAGAGCAAGUUUCUAAUGCCAGAAGAAUAUUGCUCUAACUAUUACAAACCAAAUACAAUUGUAAUGACAUACGAUGUACCAGUGUACCCGCUACCGGACAGAAAUGACUGGAAUAUACCAGAACAUGUGGUAGGGGAGGUUGUAUUAUCACCCAAAUGGAAAAGACCUCCUGAAAGACCAAAGAAUAAGCGCGAUAAAACUUUAAGAAAAUUGUUGCAACCGAAAAAUCAACAUUCAUGUAGCAUAUGUGGGUAG